AUGUCUUGGUUCUCCUGGCUCUUCACGCUGCGGCCCUGCUCAGCCCCGUCCCUGCUCCUCGUGGGGCUGGUGGGCCGACAGCUGGGGCUCCGGGUGGGCUGGCAGGUGGCUCAGGCGGUGACAUGUUCUCGUUGGGGUUCGUCCAGCGCCCAGGGUCUGUUCCAGGACGGGGAUCUAGUCAUCGGUGGGCUCUUCAGUCUUUAUAACAACCCUCCAGCUAUAGAUCAAGAGUUUACUCAGCAGCCACUUUACCAAUCCUGCAGCAGUUUGGAAGAUCUUCCGCUGCAGUACAUAUAUGCGAUGGUGUUUGCGCUGGAAGAAAUCAACCUCAGCACAACGCUGCUUCCAGGCGUGAAGCUGGGCUACCACAUCCACGACAGCUGUGCUCUGCCCCUGUGGGCUCUGCGGGCAGCGCUGUCCCUGGUUGGAGGAGACGGCAGCAGCUGUGAUCCGCCUGUUCCAUUGAUCAUCGGUGGCGAUUCAUCUAUAACAGCCGUGAUACUCUCCCAACUCCUGGGGCCACUCUCUGUUCCUUUAAUGAGCUACACAGCGAGCUGCCCGUGUCUGAGUGACAGACGCCAAUUUCCCAACUUCUUCAGGACCAUGCCCAGUGACAUUUACCAAGCCCGAGCCAUCGCCCAGCUUGCAAUACGUUUAAAAUGGACUUGGAUCGGAGCAGUUGUGGCAAAAAAUAGUUACGGCCUAACGGCGAUAAAGAUAUUCCAGGAGGAGACUCAGGGUGCCGGUGUGUGUCUGGCGUUUGUGGAGACUCUCCGAAGGGAAAACAUUGUGAGCGACGCCAAACAGGCAGCGCUCGCGAUUCAGGCCUCGAGCGCUAAAGUGAUUCUGAUCUUCACGUGGUACACAGAUGUGAGGGAACUGUUCCUGCAGCUGGCCGAGAGAAAUGUAACUGAUAGACAGUUUCUGGCCAGUGAGGCUUGGAGCACGAGUGUUAAUCUUCUCGAACACCCUUCCACCCUUAAAGUGGCACGUGGCGUCCUCGGCGUGGCCAUUAGGAGUUCACCUAUACCUGGAUUUGAAAAGUAUCUCAGGAAUCUGAAUCCCUCUCAUCGUCCUGAUGAUAAGUUCUUGAGAGAAUUCUGGGAAAAAAUGUUUAAUUGCCGUCCUGGAUCCUCAAAUCUUUCCUCAUCUACCACUUUACCAUCCCGAGCAGAGCAGAGGGUGCCUCUGCCGCUCUGCGAUGGCACAGAGUCCCUGGAGGUGGUGCAGAAUCUCUUUACUGACACCUCUCAGCUGAGGGUCACAUAUAAUGUGUACCUUGCUGCUUACGCCGCAGCCCACGCCCUUCACAGCCUCCUCUCAUGCCCCAACAACGACAGAUCCCCUGGAAACAGCAGCUCCACCUGCUCCUUUCCGAAACACAUCCAACCCAUAGAGGUUCUGCAGCACUUGAGCAGAGUGAACUUCACCACACCUCAGGGUGAAAUGUUUUACUUCCAAGGGGCCGAUGUUCCGGCGAAGUACGACCUCGUUAACUGGCAGAAAACCCCCGAAGGCCGACUCAAGCUUGUUCUGAUCGGUCGUGUGGACGGAUUUGACAUCCACCUUAAUGAGUCAGACAUUCAGUGGAGCACGGGAUCCAAUCAGGUGCCUGUGUCAGUGUGCAGUGAGAGCUGCCCCCCCGGGACCAGGACGGCCUCCAGGAAAGGAGAACCUGUCUGCUGCUUUGACUGCAUCCCGUGUGCUGACGGAGAGAUUAGCAAUACAACUGGUUCCCCUCACUGUGAUCCCUGUCCGUCUGAGUUCUGGUCCAACACUGAUCGAACGGCCUGCGUCCCUCGCCAGCUGGACUUCCUCUCCUUUAAUGAAACUUUGGGUAUUACCCUGACGACAGUCGCAAUAUCUGGUGUCGUGGUGACAACAGCAGUGUUUGUGAUGUUCCUAUACUAUCGACAAACACCUAUGGUGCGAGCCAACAACUCAGAGCUGAGCUUCCUGCUGCUUCUGUCUCUGAAGUUCUGCUUCCUGUGCUCGCUGCUGUUCAUCGGCCGUCCGUCAGUCUGGGCCUGUCGCUUCCAGCAGGCGGCUUUUGGGAUCAGCUUCGUGCUUUGUGUUUCCUGCCUCCAAGUCAAAACCAUCGUGGUCCUUGCAGCGUUUCGCUCGACUCGGCCCGGUGCUGGGUCCCUGAUGAAGUGGUUUGGUCCGGGCCAACAGAGAGGAAGUGUCUGCGUUUUCACCUGUAUACAGGUUAUCAUCUGUGUUAUUUGGCUAUCGCUCAGCCCCCCGUUGCCUGAACCUGACCUCGAAAUUCCGGGGUUGAAGGUCACACUGAAGUGUGCCAUGGCCUCUGUGGUGGGCUUCUCUCUGGUCCUGGGCUACAUCGGCCUGCUGGCCUGCUCCUGCCUCCUCUUGGCCUUUCUCGCUCGGAAACUCCCCGACAACUUCAACGAGGCCAAGCUGAUCACCUUCAGCAUGCUGAUCUUCUGUGCCGUGUGGGUCGCCUUCGUUCCUGCUUAUGUCAGUUCUCCUGGAAAAUAUGCAGUAGCCGUGGAGAUAUUUGCGAUUCUUGCCUCCAGCUAUGGUUUGCUUUUCUGUAUCUUUGCUCCAAAGUGUUUCAUUAUUCUUUUGAGGCCUGAGAAAAAUACUAAGAAACACCUGAUGGCCAGAUAG